AAGCCAUAUGUUCACUUUUAUAAAUUGUAGGAAAAGUGUUUACAAAAAUCAACUUAUACUAAUUUCCAGCCGUGUAAUCCAAAGCUGUCAGAAAGCGGCGAGCAAGUAAACGUCAUACAGAAAACAUGGAAACGGUAGCAACGAUGAGAGCAGAUAAUGCCAGCCUACGAAAGAUUCAAUCGAAGCUGGUGCAAUGGGAACUGAAGGAAAACCCACUCGCUCCACUGACUGCCACGCAAUCGGAUUUCAUUAAUCGCCUAACCGAUCUAGCUAAUGGCAACGUACCAGCAAGCGUCGGGAGCGCACCACCCGCAGAUGUGAGCAAAGAUCACGCAUCAAACGAGGAGCUACCGGCUUCGCUCGAACAGUUCAAACAAUCCGCUUGCGUUAUUGAUACCACGCAAAAUUUUCUUUCCUGGUACAAUUCGAUUGAUGCCGAAAUUCUCGAACACUUUGACGAUGUGUACCUGGAGUACUACGAACAGCUACGAUCGCGCACAAGUGAAUGUGAUCAAAUGUUGCAGGAAAUCGAUGUAUCGCUCGAUUCGCUCCGCCAGCUGACGCAGGAGUUUAAUUUUGUGUCGGAGAAAACAUCUUCCCUGCACCAGGCGAGUGAAAGUUUGCUGCAGGAUCAAACGCGCCUGAGUGAUACGGGCGAUGAGAUAAAAAAGCGUUUGAAAUACUUCACCCAGGCGGAGAGCAUAUCUCAGCGAUUGCACAACCCAACAUUUUCCGUGUCGAACGACACGUUUGUGCAUAUUUUGAAUACGAUUGACGAUUGUAUCGAAUAUAUGCGAGUAAACCCUUCAUAUAGUGAAGCAUCUACAUACGCUGUCAAAUAUCGUGCCUGUUUGGCCAAGGCCACUCAGAUGAUGAAAACGUACGUGUUCGGGAUUCUUUCGAAUGCCACUGCACAGGUGCUCACCCCAAAGGGUUCCGGUGUUCCUCGAUCGUUGGAAGCACUUGAUCAACCGAAAAUUGGCGAUCCUACAGCAGACGCUGCAUUUGUUCUGUUCUAUGGGAAAUUUCAAGCGUCAUCACCGCGCGUUAAACGCAUCACUGGCUUGAUCGAGGAGCGUCUCGAUCGCAGCCCAGAGUAUGAACAGUUGCUGGGAGAGUUACAUCAAAGCUAUCUUACCCAGCGAGCGACGAUUAUGAGAUCCGGUGUCGAUCAAGCUAUAAAGGAUCUGGCUAAGAAGCACAAAGGUGAUCACUGCGCAUUGGUACGCUCUGCCUGUGCCUUUAUGGUACACAUUUGUCAGGAUGAGCACAGACUAUUUUAUCAAUUUUUCGCUAAACACAGUGCCCAACUUAUUAUCUACAUGGAAGGAUUAUGCACCAUUCUGUAUGACACACUGCGGCCCUACAUUAUUCGCAUUGAUCACCUCGAAACGCUGGCCGAAAUAUGUAGCAUUCUGAAGGUGGAAAUGUUGGAUGAGCAUGUGUCGUACAGUCCUGAAUCGCUUGAAGCUUUCGCUAAGAUUGUUUACCAACUGCUGCAAGACGUGCAGGAACGCAUUGGUUUUCGGGCACAAAAUUACCUUGAGUCGGAUAUUCGCAACUAUCGUCCCUCGGCGGGUGAUCUCGCGUACCCGGAAAAGCUAGAAAUGAUGGAAAGCAUUGCACUUUCGCUGCAGGAAAACCAACACGCACCGCCCCAGCUGAGGCGGGCAGAUUCACGAAGCUCCAUCGCAUCUGGCAUGUCACUCGCGUCGAUUGAUACGACGCCAUCCACCAUAGAUCCGGCCCUUAAAGUACGGGCGGGAAAUUCACCCGCCGACAUGCACGGCAUGUGGUACCCGACCGUGCGACGUACGCUGGUGUGCCUUUCGCGACUCUAUCGCUGCAUUGAUAAGUCGAUCUUCCAAAGCCUUUCGCAGCAAGCGCUGGCCCACUGUAUCCACAGCGUCUCGACGGCAGCAAGCCAAAUAGCGCAGAACCGUACGACGAUCGAUGGUGAGUUGUUCGAAAUUAAGCAUUUACUAAUACUGCGCGAACAAAUCGCACCGUUUCGGGUGGAUUUUACUGCGAAGGAAACAAGCCUUGACUUCAGCAAGGUACGUACGGCCGCUUACGAAUUGCUGCAGAAACGGAAGCAACUAUUUUCCCUUGGUUCGAACAAUGCGUUGCUGGAGUUUCUGCUGGACGGUACACCACAGGUACGCGAGCAAUUGCUCGAUUCGCGCAAAGACGUUGAUCGACAGCUGAAGAUGGUAUGCGAAACAUUUAUAACGGACGCCACGAAACAACUCGUUGGGCCUGUGCUGACGUUUAUCGAAGCGGCACAGAACCAUCUCCGCAAUCAACCGGGCGGUGGAAAGACGGCGGCUGUAGCUAGUGCCGGUACGGCAGCAGCAUCCAGUGGGCAAAGCACGGGCAUGGCAUUGCGAAUGGCACCGUUCGCUGCACCGCAACAAAUUAGUUCCAUCAUCCAGGAGUGUUUGAGAAAUAUCAAAUCGAAACUAACUGGCCUGCAGCGAUCGAUGCAGCUGUAUCUCGCCAAUAAGGAUACGGAAUUUAUUCUCUUUCGACCGAUUCGAAACAACAUCAUUGGAUCAUUCGUUAAACUUGAACAAAUUCUGAUGCUAAAUGCUUACACGAAGGAUGAUCUGACGAUCGUAAGCUGCCCAUCGGCGGAACAGAUCUCCGUGCUGCUAUCAAGCGUUAACCUUGCCGGUGGAACUAUGGCCGAACAACCGGUAGCUUCCUUUGGCAGUAAAGUACAACCGGUGCGAAAAAUCAGCACCAGCUCUUCGAUCGGUAGCAAUGCUGCCGAAACACAACCGGCAAAGGCACCGAUCGAAAAGAAGGUUAGCUUCGAUAGUGGUGCAAAUAUGGUGGUCGAAAUUGAACGAGUCGAUGAAGCGGAGUUAGAAAAAGGUGAGGAAGCUUUGGUUGAUGUAAAGGAAGCAGCAUUUAAACAUCCAGAACCAGCCGCAGUGCCAGAAUGAUGAAAGCGAUUUACUGAUUGGCAAAAUGCAUUAUUCCAAAAGUGAAUUUCAAUUGUUUUACCUGUAGCCUAUAACAUAAAAGGCUCGGUUUGAAAACUGGCUUUUUUAAAAUUCCAAAUUGUUUUUUUUUAUUAAUAUUAAGUUGAAUAAAGUAUUAUCGUGUAAUUGUUAAUAAACUGUGCAAUAAAUACGAUCGA